AUGCAGGCCCUCAUAACGCACCGCACCCUCCCGACGAGGAUAUUCAACGCCCUCAGCGGCAAGGCCAUCUUCAGCCCCGGCGCCAAAGUCCACGACAAUGUCCCCAUCCCCACCAUCAACUCCCAGCAGCUCCUCGUCAAAGUCAAGACAGUCGCCCUGAACCCCACCGAUUUCAAGCACAUGGACGCCCUCGCGCCCCCGGGCUGCAUCCUCGGCUGCGACUUUGCGGGCGAGGUGGUCAAGGUCGGCGAGGGCGCUGCCGGCAAGUGGAAGGUCGGCGAUCGCGUGGCCAGCGUGGCCCACGGCGGCAUGUAUCCAGACGAGGGCGCCUUUGCCGAAUAUGCCAAGGUCAACCACGACUUGGCCUGGCCGAUUCCCGGUGAUAUCAGCGACGCGGACGCGACCACGUACGGCGUGUCCGCCAUGACAGCCAUGUUUGCCCUCAACGCCCGACUCGGUCUUCCUUUCCCCGGCAGCAAAGAGAACGCGAAACCAGCCGCCGGCGACGAAUCGACCAUCUUCAUUUACGCGGGCGCCACCAGUGCAGGGCUCUUCCACCUGCAGGCCGCCAAGGCAGCCGGCUACACCGUCGUCACGACCGCGUCUCCGCGCUCCUUUGAGCUUGUCAAGAAGUUUGGCGCCGAUGCCGUGUUUGAUUAUCGCUCCUCGACCGUGGUAGAGGAUAUCCUGGCCAAAUAUCCCAACCUCACCAAGGCAGUCGAUUGUUUCUCUGAGGGCCCGUCGUCGUCCAUCUGCGCACAGGUUCUGAAGCCAAAAGGUGGCACGGUUGUCCUCCUGCUGCCGAAUGGUGAAUCCAAGGUGCCUGGAGUGCAGUUUGAAAUGAUCAUGCUCUACACCGUCCUUGGCCGGGCCUUCCAGAUGCUGGCCCCCCUAGGGCCCAAGUUUGAGGCAUCCCAGAGCGACCGUGAAUGGGCCGCGCGUUAUUAUAGCGCCCUUCCGGAAGUAGCACGUCUGCUGAAGCCGACCCCUACUGUCAGCCUUGAGCCAGGGUUCAAGGGCGUUUUGGAUGGCCUUGAAAAGCUACGUCAGCGCAAGGUCGUGGGUGGCAAGCAGGUCGUCCAGCUGCAGUCGUGA